AUGGGCAACGCAACAUCCAAAGCUGCGAAGAGCGCCAGCAAGCUCUCUGCUACUAGCAGCACAGCGCGGAAAUAUCCUACAAGGUCACCUACCACCACGAAUCGAGUACCACCUGCAGAGCCUAUGAAACCGGGCCCGACAGUACAUCCCUCGACGCCUCCUUCUGCUCAGCGCACCGCAGCCAUCGAGCAAGACGCCAUGGACCCGGACCUAGCAGCGCGAGCACGCCAACUCGGGCCCGUCGUUCCCAACCCCACAAUGUCCAACUCAUCGACGUUUAACCAAGCGCCGCGGGUCGGGGAAGCGAUGCCGGGAGCAGGAGGAUUCCAAGGGACGAGCCCGGGCCAGACGAUCUAUCCGGAUGCGAGACGAAAUGCGGCGAUAGGGUUGCUGGAGGCGAGGAGAAGGUUGGCGGAGGAGGCGGAGGAGGAGUUUGGGAGGGUCGGGAAGAGGGACAGUCAGGGGAGGAGGUUCGUGGAUGUUGUGACGUUGAGACAGGCGCUGGUUAUGCGGGAUAGGGGCGUUCAGGGGGAAGAGAUUGAGAGGAGGUUGGGAUUGAGAAGGGGUGUGGUGGGGAUGUUGGGGAGGAAGGGUGUGGUGGGUGUUGGGGAUGAGAUGUGA